AUGCGCAUGGACAUGCAGGGAGGGGAUGGCGUGUGUGGCAUCAACGUGCUGCCUGGCAUCUACCCCAUUGUCAAGAUUCCAGGGGACCCGUGUGGCUUGAAGAGCUACAAGGGCGAUGGAGAUCUGCAGCCCAGCAUGAACCCGUGCGGUCGCUUCACCUGCAUGCCCUUCCCCAAGACCAACAACAACACCUGCACCUGCACUCUUCCCGCCCCCCAGACCAAGCAGCCCUUCAUUGAGGGUGCAAACGGUUAUGGAAACACCUGUGUCUAUGUGGACGUGUGUGGGUCGUACUUCAAGAACCCUUGCGCCGUGGGCACAUGCAUCAACGAUGGCAAGGGCUCCUAUUCCUGCAUCUGCCCACUCAACUACGUCCCCAGCACAGCCAUCGACAACUUCCCCACCUGCGACCCAGCUAACACCACCGCUGUCAACAUGGUUGUGAAAGGAGACAACUGGUGGUGCUCAGACAUCUACCCUCUCGUGGGCCUCACCCAAUCGCAGUUCACAUCGCAGAACCCAUCACUCAUCUGCACCAAAGCCUUGCCAAAAGGAAGAACACUUCGGAUCGUCAAUACUCCUGCCAUCCCCUGCACUGCGUACUUCUACACUCUCAGCGGCGACACGUGUCUUUCCAUUGCCACCUCUCUUCGCACCACCGUGACUGAUCUCCUGAAUCUCAACCCCGGCCUUGACUGCGUGCAAACCAUGAAGGCCGGCCGUUCUAUCUGUGUGGAGCGCAACGAAACCUAUGCCUACAGCGUCCCUGAGUGUGUGAAAUACACCAUUCUCACAGCAGACGACACGUGCGAGAAAAUGCUGCAGGGGCAGGGAUUGCAGAACGAUCCGUCUAUCUGGGCUGAGCUCUACCGCAACAAUCCCGGUCUUCUCUGCUCCAAGGUCGUCCCUUCCUCUGCCUCGGCCGUUGGCAGCAAUGCUGGCGUGGAGGUGUGCCUCAAAGCGGAAUAUUGGCCGUUUGAACUCGGUAAAUGCAAUAAGGGCCGGCCCAAGAAUGUGUCGCCAUCGCUGUCCUGCUCUGCUGCUUAUAGCUACUAUGGUGGCACCAUGACCCAAGCAGCUGGACAUUUCAAUACCUACAACGGCAAUGCUUGUGCCAAGAAUGUUGGGUCAAAGUUUAUUUGUGUCCCACGAUAG